CCUAAUUGUUGUGAUAAACUUAUUAAAUAGGCUAAUAUGAAGCUAGCUGUUUUUUGGAUCUUUGUUCGUCUAUUUACAUGUGUAACAGCUAAGAGACCAUGUCAGGAUUCAGAGCUGACUACCGUGAUGACUGAAUGCAACAGCAUAACAAAUGAAAAGUACCGAUUUACCGUUCCUACUACCCAAGAAUGCGAAGCUCCGUCAGCAUCUUUUGGAAUUGCAUGUGACAAAGUCUGCGAUCCAGGAGAGUAUUUGGACUUGGAAGGUGACCAUGAUUGUCAUAAAUGUCCUAAAGGCACAUAUUCGCAAGGCAGUGGCGCUAAAAUUAAUCACUGGCCAGAAAAUGAUACUGAGAUCUAUCUUCCGCUUGGAUUUGCCCUGGACAGAACCUACAUAUCAUACUCAAAUAAUGAAUGCAGCGGGUCUACAUGGACUCCUCGAGGCGAUUUUAUAGUCUCCAAUGCAGACCAUUGCUUCAUCCGACUGAUGUACAUUGCAGAUUUGAAAGUGGCAGGCUAUGUUAAGUUCAGAUAUCGCUACACAGAUCCAGCAGUCCACUUCCAUUUCUAUGUGGUUGAUGAGAAUUGUCAUGAACCUCGAGAGAGCUCAAUAUACCCAGAACUAACUGGAAACAACGAGUGGGCCACAAUAAGGGCUAAUUUGACGCCUGGUGUGAACAAACUGUACUGGAGAACAUACACUGUGACGUAUGGAGUAAACGCAACUACUGAGGCCAACAGGAAGGUUAAACCUGUCCUGCUGAAAUCCGUCUACGUUAACGGAGUAGCCUACUCGACCAGAUGCAAAAAGUGUUCCCCUGGAACUUACCAGGCGGAAGAGGGGUCACAUGAAUGCAAGAAGUGUGACGUGGACACCUACUCGCCCGUGGAGGGAUCAACACAAUGUACAAGUUGCUUAUCUGCAUCACAGUAUGCAAUGUAUGGCGCAGACAAGUGUGAGACUAGGCCGAUGUGCACAGAGGCCGACUACUAUAAAUUCCAUGGGCCGUGUAUCGACGGAAAGACUAUUGAGACUUACGAAUGGAUUGAGCCGAAAGUCUGCCGAGGAGAUUUGCAAGGUACUUCAGGGUCAGUUCAACUUCCUUCUUCGGAAGACUACCAAGAGUGUCCUCUUUGCAAUCCCGGAACCUACAAAUCCACACCUUCUGCCAAUUGCACUUUCUGCCCAGAGGGCGAAUGGUCCAAUGGUACAGCACCCUGUGCCAAGUGUCCAGCUAAACAUAAAGCCGUGCCAGCCUAUAUUUUCGACUUCUGGGACGGAAUCCCGCCCAAUACGGAGAUGUAUUGCUACAGUGUGUCGGAUAUGGGAUGCGCGAAGAACUCGAUUGGAUGGACCUUCUCGAAUGAUGUUGUGCUGACAAGUGUGGGCAACGGGGAUGACACCAUAGCCAUGAUGGAGAUAUUUGUGGGGGGUUUCCUGCUGACUCAGCGUCAAGUGUGGGGUCAAGUGGUACCGGUUGGCACUGUGGAGUUCGUGUUCGAGAUGGACUGCUCUGACUCACCAAAAUGCACACUCUUCUUCGGACAGGAUGACGGGGAACAUUUUGUCACUGUUAACAUGUGGGAAGGAAGCCAUGGUCGAACAGUGUACAAACACGACGUGGUAUCGAACGUGGAGCAAAGUUUUCUGUGGGCCUUCCAGAAAACAGAUCACCCAGAAAUGGAAGAACCCAACCACAAUUACCCUAAGACCCAACUCAAAAUCCAUUCCAUCAAAAUAAAAGGCACGGUGGACGGAGGCGCUUCACAGUGCGAACCAUGCAACACUGCGCAAAAACACGCUGUAGAUUUCAGUGAUACACGUGUGUGCGAACCGUGCCCCAUGGGACAGUUUUACGCACCGCCUCCGAGCAAAUGUAUGAAAUGCCCGCAAGAUUUCAUUGUGAACCCUCUCGGACAUUCGGACGACAAAUACUGCCUCAAAUGCGGCCCUGGGCUCAAAUCGCCCAAAGGAGUCACAUGCAGAUCGCAAUGUGAAUUCGAACUUCCAGAUGGACGAAAACUGGACCUGAAGAAACUGAACAAUGGCACUGUGCUCCUGAAGAGCAAACCAGUCUUCACUGACAGUGGAUUUGAGUCGUUAAAGUUGUAUAACUUCAGUCUCUGCGGGAAUCUGAGCUCGGGGAGAGGAUUGGCUUCAUGCAGUGCGAAUGUGUCGAGAGUGUCGCAUGAUGAUGGGAACGAAAGUACAAAUACUACAAUGGGCCCAUAUGCUUUGGCUGAGUUUGAGUCGAAGAGCAGGAAGUAUGGCUUCGUCUGCAGAUCAGAUCUGUUCCCUCCUAGAGGAGAACUAAUGGACACUAUCACCGAAUACCCUUCUGUGUUGGGGGAGGAGCUGAUUGCCGUGACUAUGAACAGGAGCUACAUGAACUGGAGUGUGCGCACCACAGAUGUGAACACGGAGACAUUCGACAUCAACUUCUACUACGUCGCAUUCCAGCCAACUUACGCCUGUCCCGCGGGUCGUUCUGUCAUCCUCACACUCCGUUGCGAUCCAUACGCCGCAGAAGACAUCGAUGGUCAAAUUAGAGUAAACGCCUCAGAUCCCGAGGGAACUGACGAUGGCUGUGACUACAACUUCCUCCGCAUUUCCAAGUAUGCUUGUCCGGUGUGUGACCCGAAGUAUGAUGUGGAUGAGAUUCUGGAGGAAUGUCACCUGGGGUCACAGAAAGUCAGAUUUGUGUGGAGGAACGACAAGAAGAUAUGUCGUGAUGGAGAUCUUCCAAGCACCGUUAAUCGAAAAUGUCCUUUCUUCACCAAAGAGGUCCAACUGGCCAUAAUAGUGGCUGUGAUUGUGGUGUUCAUAAUGGCAGUCAUCAGUGCCUACUACUGGCGCAAAACUCAACGACUCGAGUACAAGUACCAGAAGCUGGUCCAGAGUUCUAGCAAGGAUGGAACUACCCAGUUCGCAGAGGCGCCAUCCUGUGGAAUUAGUGAGGAUGAAGAUGAAGAUGAUGACGAGAUUAAUGGUUUUGGAAAUGACAAGAAGUCAAUCCUCGGAAAAUUCAAACUGAAGAACGGCAAGGCGCCCUUUAAAGAUAAUCAGGGCUCAGAUGACGAGGCACAUGUGAGAUUAAACUCAGGUGGCAGAUACAUUGAUGACUUUGAACUAGAGAAUUCCGCCAGUCGAAUCUAGAGUAAAUUACAUGCCUGUACAACACCUUCUGAUUCCUAUCAGAUUUACUCGCAGAACACCUUCUGAUGCAAACAGAUUUACCUGCAGAACACCUUCUGAUGCGCAUAGGAUCUGCCUGCAAACACUUUAUGGCUUUGUUAACUGUGGCUCAAGAAAUUAGCUACUCUCCAAUCAAGUGAUCAAUACAAUCAACAGCUGCCGACUUAAUUGUAGACAUUUUAGUCUAAAAAACAAUCAACGAGACACUGCUGCCGCCGACAUUUUCGAACAGGAGGCUAUCAUAAAAGGACAGUUUCACUUGGCUAGGAAGUACUAAUCUAUUCACUCUUACCGCUCAUAUAAAGGAAAAUGCUUCUAAGAUCAAAUCUUUAGCUUGCAGUUUGUCUUUUUGUCCGUUUAAUCUUAAUUUAAAUGUUCAAUGUUGUACCUUUUAAUGCGCAUUAUCAGUGUCAUAUUUAUCAUCUUUUUAUCGCCACAGCAGACUUGAAAUUCAAAUAAGAUUUUUAAAAUUAAAACUUUUGAUAUCGAAUGCGGUAAAUCAAAAUAGAUUUUUCAUUCAAAUCUUUUCAAGUAGUCUUCUGUUUUGAUAUAUGAAUGCAUCGUCAUGAUAUAAAAGUCACAAAUUUAUUGAAGCAAGAUCGUUUCUGUUAGGGUUUUCUGUAAAUUUUAAUGCCGAUGAAUAAUUAUUGUAAAGGUCAUCUUGUGUGUUGUAUGAAUUAGCUUAAAUUGGGUUCUCGUUUUGUUUAACCUGAUCCAAACACCUUGCUAGCUAGCUGCUAUCGCUUUUUUGUUGAAAUCUUAUUCAUCACUGAAUUUUGAAACAGGCUCCUCAUCUAACAAGAAAAUAAGGCUCCUCAUCUAACCACGGAAGGUGGAGUCGUUUAAUAUUCACGAUCAAUUUCUCGACAAAUGUUUGAAGAAAAAUUAUUUUCUUAAGUCUGUCGAUUUUUUGGAUUAAAUCAAUUGAGGUUUCAUUGCUAAUUGGCAAUUGUACAAUCGAAGUGUUUCGUCAACAAAGUUUUCCAAUUUUACCCAUAUCUAUUUAUUGAUAAUCAAUUCUAUGUCUAGCUAUAUAAAAAUUUUAUUCUACAUGUCUGUGCUAUUUUGGUAAAAAGUCAGUCUUCACAAGUUCUCGGCACUUUCAAGGUUUAAAUUAAAAUGGUUUUGUUGUAAAUAUUGAAUAAUAAAUGUGGCGUCCAACAUCUAGACAAUGUAUGUAUAUUUUUGGUUAUGGAACUCAUCUCAGUUUUAUAGCGUUCAAUUGAAGUUACAUUUCCUA